AUGCUUACGCAAAUUCUUAUUACCCAUUCACCCUUUUGGCACGUUCAUUUUCUCGUCCUUAUUCCAAGCACACGCCAUAUCCGACUUGCCUUCUUCUUCUUUUUCUUCUUCUUCUUCUUCUUCUUCUUCUUCUUCUUCUUCUGUUUCGUAGCCUUUCCUUACUUUCUCACAUCUUCUUUUUCUUCUUCGUUUUCUUCUUUCACUCUCAUUCCCACUCCUCUUCCUCUUUCUUCUUCUUCUUCUUCUUCUUCUUCUUCUUCUUCUUCUUCUUCUUCUUCUCUCUCUCUCUCUCUCUCUCUCAUUCUCUCUGGCUUCUUUUCUUCCUCCUUUUACAAAGCACAUAGAGUGAAUAAUGGCUGUUAUUCAUUCAUUGCUUCUUUUCGCUAUGGGCUGACAUGUGUGUUCCGUAAAGGGGAAAGCCAUUUACGGAUAUGGUCCCAACGUUUUCUCGAAGCCGCGAGGCUCUUCACUUGCAAGUCCUAA